AUGGUUGCGAAGAAGGAAGGCGACGAUGCUGUUGUCAGCCAGAAUCUGCCCGAUGAUUGUUCGGGGAUCGAGAUGGGCGAGACAACUCGGACCACCGCAGCCCUUGGGGAGGCAGCUGACAUUUACGGAGACGUUGAAAUUGCUCAGCAGCUCGGCUACGUCGUCCGAGGUCUCAAGGCUCGUCAUAUCCAGUUUAUCGCUAUUGGAGGCUCGGUUGGUACCGGCCUCUUUCUCGGUAUUGGCGGUGCUUUCCUCAAAGCCGGUCCCCUCUCGGUCAUCCUAGGUUUCACAAUCACGGGUGUAGCUGUCCACGCCAUGAUGAACUGCCUCGGAGAGAUGACGACCUGGCUACCGCUGCCCGGUGCUAUCCCGCAGUACUGUGCCCGCUAUGUCGAUCCUGCUAUGGGCUUCGCCGUCGGUUGGAACAUCUGGUAUCUCUCCACAGUCGCCAUCUGCGUCGAGCUCAUUGCCGCGGCCGUCCUGGUCACAUUUUGGAACGACAGCAUCAACCCGGCGGUGUGGAUCAGCAUCCUCAUUGUGGUGAUUCUCAGCCUGAACGUCUUCGCCGUUUCGAUAUACGGCGAGGCCGAGUUCGUGUUCGCCGCCAUCAAAAUCCUUGCCAUCAUCGGCCUGCUCCUCAUGGCUUUCAUUGUGGACCUAGGCGGCAGUCCUACCGGUGAUCGGCUCGGCUUCCGGUACUGGUACAAUCCAGGGCCGGUAAUGAAAGAAGUCGUGGCUACUGGGCCCACGGGCCGCUUCCUCGGCCUGUGGUCCACCCUCGUCUACGCCGCUUUCUCGUACGGCGGUAUCGAGAUGGUUGCCGUCGCAGCCGGUGAAGCCGAGAACCCUCGCAGGAACAUCCCGCGGGCUAUCCGGCGUCUCAUCUGGCGCAUCGUCAUCUUUUACAUCCUCGGAUCGCUGGGCAUCAGCGUGCUCGUCCCCUCCGACGAUGCGCGCCUCGCUAGCGCCUCGCCGUGGGUCCUCGCCGCCAACAACGCCAACAUCCGCGUCCUGCCUCACAUCAUCAACGCCGUCAUCCUAACCUCGGCGUCCUCGUCCGCCAACGCUUUCUUGUUUGUAGGCUCCCGCUACCUCUUCGGGCUCGCCCAGAACAGACAGGCCCCGCGCAUCUUCCUCAAGUGCACGGCCACGGGCGUCCCCAUCUACGGCAUCUGCUUCACCGCCAUGUGGACCGGCCUGGCGUACCUGUCCUGCUCCCGAGGCGCCGCCAAGGCCUUCCAGUAUUUCCUCAGUCUCGGUACGGUCGCUUCGCUCUCCACGUGGUGCAGCAUCUGCGUCACCUACAUACGCUUCCGAAAGGCCCUAGCCGCGCAGGGCAUCAGCACAAAGGACCUUCAUUUCAAGUCUCCCUUCCCGCCUGUCGCUGCCUGGAUAGCCCUUUGCUUCUUUCUUCUCGUCAUUCUCUUCAAUGGCUGGGAGGUCUUCACCAGGGGCAACUGGUCGGUGCAGACCUUCAUCACUUGCUACAUUGGGGUUCCACUGUACUUUGCGUUCUAUCUCUUUUGGAAGGUGUUCAGGCGGACGAAAGUUGUCGAUCCUGCUACCGCUGACAUCUGGACUGGUAAAGCCGCUCUGGACGCCGAGGUGUGGCCUGAGCAGAAGCCGAGGAAUUUCUUGGAAAAGAUGUGGAUGUGGAUUGUUUAA